UAGAUUGGCUACACCUUCAAGAAAAGGUCGCAAAACUUCGUGGGUUAGGAUUGGAACUGAUUUUUGGUUAGACAGAUUGGAACCAGUGGUUUCUCUAUUUGUUGCCACCUAUAAAGGAAACCUUGACGUAGACUUUUGGAGCAUGAUUAUUUACAAGAUUUCCUUAUCUUAG